GCUGGCUGCUCCGCGCCGUCGGCCGUCAGUUCGCCAGCAGCUCGCGGCGCAGAGCCUAGACAUGGACGUCGACAAUGACCUGGAGCAGCUCAUGGCGCACCUGGGGGAGUUUGGGCCCUACCAGAUGCGCCAGUUCGCACUACACAUAAUGGCCGCAUUCACAGCCGGCAUGCACAUGCUGUCACUGGUAACCGUCGCCGCAGUACCGGAUCACAGGUGUGCAAUUCCCGGAGUUGACGUGAAUCGCAGUGUAGCUCCUUGGAACACAAGUGAGCUGACAUUCCAUAUACCGCGUGGAAAGGACGGUCUCGAUUCCUGCCGUAUAAUAGACCACUCGACGAACCAAUCAAUCAAGUGUGACUCUUGGGUGUUUGAUAAUACGUAUUACGAAUCGAGCAAAGCAAUAGAGUGGAAUUUUGUUUGUGACCGCCGGUGGAUGGGAGCUGUUGCACAAUCUGCGUACAUGUUCGGUGUUUUUACUGGCGCUGUUGUGCUGGGGAGCCUCGCUGACAAGUUUGGACGAAAGACUAUAUUUUACCUCUCAGCAGUAAUGCAGCUUCUUCUUGGUGUUGGAGUGGCAUUUAUACCUGAAUACUAUACAUUCCUAGUAAUAAGAUUCCUGUAUGGAGUUUUUGGAUCUGCAGGUUCCUACAUCACAGGAUUUGUAAUGACAAUGGAAAUAGUUGGCCCAUCAAAAAGAACCAUCUGUGGGGUAACAUUCCAAGCCAUGUUUGCUGUUGGUGUUAUGAUGGUUGCAUUUUGGGGAUAUUUUAUAAAAGACAGCACACUGCUUCAAGUUGUAUAUGGACUACACAGUACAAUUCUCAUUGCACACUGGUGGCUUAUUGAUGAAUCGCCCCGCUGGUUAUGGGCUCAAGGGCGAGUCACUGAAGCAGUGAAGAUCGUUGAUCGUGGUGCACAAGUCAAUAGCAACUCAGAAAAAGUGGAUAUAGCACACUUUGUUUCUAAAGGUGCACUGUCUGCACAGAAGCAAGAAACUGUUGCAUAUAGCCUAUUAGAUUUGUUCAAAACACCAAAUCUCAGAAAUAAAACACUCAAUGUUUGUCUCAACUGGUUUGCUAAUAGCCUGGCAUACUAUGGUUUGUCCCUGAACACAGGGAAUCUUGCAGGAAAUCCAUAUUUAAUUUUAUUCAUUCUUGGGUUGGUAGAAAUACCCAGUUAUAUCAUGACUAUUUUGUUGAUGGACCGUACUGGAAGACGUUCGCUUAUAAGCUCACUGAUGCUGCUGGGUGGGAUAUGCUGUAUCAUAGCAUGCUACAUUCCACAAGAGACAGCAACAGGAAGUGUUUCUGCAGUUACAGUAGUUAUGCUUGGAAAGUUUUUCAUAGCAGGAUCAUUUGCUAUCAUCUACAACUAUACAGCAGAACUUUUUCCCACAGUAGUGCGCAAUACAGCAUUGGGUGUUGGCAGUAUGUGUGCACGUCUCAGUGGUGCUUUGACACCUCUAAUCACACUUCUGGACUCCUUUGAUAAAAAGCUACCUUCUGUCAUCUUUGCCACAAUUGCCAUUGCUUCAGGCUUAUUAGCACUUUUACUCCCAGAAACACUGAAUAAACCAAUGCCUCAAACUUUAGAAGAUGGUGAGAAAUUUGGGGAAGGAGACACAGCAUGUGCAAGUUGUUUUGGAAGAAGCAAAGAAAAAUAUGAAGUUCCUCUGGCUAGCAUGGAGUGAAUGGUAUUUCAUUUCACAAACCUUGUUCAAAGUGUGAAUGAAAAUAAAGUACAAAUAUUUUCAGUUGAAAUACUUUCUGUCCUGAACAAAUGUGUGGAUUAUCUUUAUUAGUUAAUCAAUAGCAGUGAAUGAAAUACAAAAAAGUAUUAAA